GUGAAAGAACGCCAGCUGACUGCGGAAGCUGAAGCUGAAGCUGCCGUGUGUUGUCUCCGGAGAAAUCAGUCAAGGAAGACUCAACGAUCGCCGGGGAUGUCGAAGGCGCCGCCGCGGGAAGACCCGUCGCCGACAGGCGUCGCGGUGUCGCCGGAGGUCGAGGCCGCGCUCGCGAGAGGCGGGGCGGUCGUCGCCCUCGAGUCCACCAUCAUCUGCCACGGUAUGCCCUACCCGAAGAACCUGCAGACGGCCAUGGAGGUGGAGGCCAUCGUCAGGGAGAACGGCGCGGUUCCUGCCACCAUAGCCAUUCUGGAUGGUGUACCACAUGUUGGGCUUAACAGUGAACAGCUGAAGAACUUGGCUAUAAGUGGAAGUCAGUUUCAGAAGACAGCUAGAAGAGAUAUCGCACAAGUUGUUGCUUCGGGCGGCAAUGGUGCUACGACGGUCUCUGCCACCAUGUUUUUUGCUCACAAGGUUGGUAUACCAAUUUUUGUGACUGGGGGAAUUGGAGGCGUACACAGAUAUGGUGAAAAAACCAUGGACAUCUCCUCUGACUUAACUGAACUUGGAAAGACUCCUGUGGCUGUUAUUUCAGCCGGUGUGAAGUCCAUUUUGGAUAUCGCACGGACACUUGAGUACUUGGAAACUCAAGGUGUAACUGUUGCUGCUUACAGAACCAACGAAUUUCCAGCUUUCUUCACAGAAACCAGUGGAUGUAAGGUGCCAUGUCGCGUUGAUUCUCCAGAAGAGUGUGCGAAGAUAAUAUAUGCAAACCAGAAUAUGCAUCUAGGAUCUGGAAUUCUUAUUGCAGUGCCAGUUCCGAAGCAACAUGCAGCUUCUGGAAAGGUUAUAGAGUCUGCAAUACAGCAAUCCCUCCAGGAAGCAGAUGCUAAAAAGAUAAUAGGAAACACAAUCACCCCCUUCAUCCUUGACAGAGUGAAAGUACUAACUGGAGGAUCUUCAUUGGAAGCCAAUAUUGCACUUGUGAAGAACAAUGCUCUCACUGGUGCUAAAAUUGCUGUAGCCCUUUCCGAUCUUCGCAAGAGAGUAACAAACAACAGGCCUGUGAGGUCAGCGCUAUAAUGCUCCUGCUGAAGGAGCAUGUGAAGUUGAUGAUGCCGACAGUUGACGGAACUGGGUGUUGCCAAAUAUGCCAAUUCCUUGCACAUCGUGAAUCAUCUGGCUUGCGCAUUCCGUUCUUACUAUUUUGUAUCUUGUUGGAAGGCUGUGUUAGCAGUAACAUCUGAAUAAAUAAGUUUUAACAGAUGUCUUGUUCUGGGA